AUGGCGGGCAAUGGCUCCGAAGAUGUUCAGUACCUCGCGCCCCCCGCCGUGGCAGCCCUGCGGCAGGAGGCUCGAGCGAUUGACUCAAGAUUCUCCCCGUCUCGCUCCCCAAGUUUGGAUGAUAUGCGGGAAGAACGGGAGGAGUUGAAGGAAGCGGCGGAGCAGACCCUCAACGUUAUCGUCGAUCUUGGCCUCGAUGGCCGUGUCAAAUGGGUUAGCCCAUCCUGGAGACAAGUCGUGGGAACUGCCCCGGAAUCGAUAGAGGGACGGAUGAUCGCCGAUCUGCUGGUCGGCAACAAGAAUGUCUUCCACGAUACGAUAGAGAGCAUGAAAGAGGAUGAUUCUUACAGCCGCUUCAUUCGGUUUGCCGUCCAGAUAGGUCCUGACUCGGUCUUAAAGUAUUCGCCAGAGCCACCUGUCGCAGAAUCGAUCGCAGAAGAAACGGGCGAGGAUCGGGGAGAGGCUCCUGAGCAGAAAGAGGACCGCCAGGAUGUUCUACACAUGGAAGGACAAGGAAUCAUGGUAUUUGACCGUUCGGCGGAUGGAGCGGGUCAUACGAUGUGGAUGUUGCGACCCUUCACGGAACCCAGAGAAGUUACCAUCGACCUCCCUCCGUUGUUAGUAGAGUCACUCGGUGUUGGCGCGGAAGUGUUAGCAAACUACUUGACGACCCUAGCGGAGGCUGCCGCCAGUGAACCCGAUCCCUCCAAACACCCGGCCCCGAGUCCCGUCUUAUGUCGUAUCUGUGAGCGCCAGAUCACACCAUGGUGGUUUGAGAAACAUUCCGACCUCUGUCUUCAGGAACAUCGCGCUGAAAUGGAUGUUCAGAUCGCCCAGGAGAAUCUCAAUGAGCAUCGUCACGCAAUUGUCCGAGUGCUCGACGCGCUGGAGGCAAGGCAAGGCAGGCCGCCGGUACUUGGAGAAAGCGCAACACCACCGCCACUGGUCCAACCUGAGUAUAAAGGACUACCCAUAGGACCGUCUCCAAGUGCAUCAGCCCUCUCAUCUGGCUCUGCAUCUAGUGCAAACUCUGCACCUGGGACGCCGCCUAGGUCGAGAGACCAUUCAGCGUCUGGAAUCGGACACGCUAGAGCACGCUCGUUCGCAGUACGGCGACCGUUGGCUCGGAUCGUCGAGUUGAUACUUGACCUGUGUGAUACGGCCUUGGAGAUCAACAUGCCCAUGAUAAAGGAGUCGUCUCGGACGGAUAGUAGUGACGACUUCCGAACCCUGUCUCCGCAAUCUGAAUCGCGCAUUUCUCAGGUGAUACAAUGGCAGUCGCCCAGUUCUAAUACUCUUGAGCAGGAACAGGGUCUGGCUGCCCUUUGCAUGGAUACAGAGCAGGUUGCCAAGGCGAAAGUAGAUGCGGUUAUUCGCCAUCGGAGGAUAGUGGAAUACGCCGAGCGUAUUCGCAUUGAGUACACAAUUCUGGUAGAAGAGUGUAUCACUGCAGCACUUAGCAAGGCUGAGCGUAUCGCUGCUGGUCAGCUCAGUGAUUCUAGUUCUUCUGACGAUGAUUCGCCGCCCGAAAUCAAUCCUGCGGUCACUGCAGCUAGUCCGAUAUUGUACGCAAAGCGGGAAGCCACGGUACCAGGCCCGAUGUCUGCUCUCACUAUGUCUAUGCGCAAUUCGCCAGAUCGAUUUCAGUCGUCGCAGUCGGAAGGCAAAUCGUCAACCGCGUCGGUCGCCGUUUCUACAGGAUCCAACAGUCCCAUGGAAUGUCCCACGCCACGUUCACAUAAAAGCAUAGCCGGCGUGUUAGGAACGUCACAACCCUCACGAAGGGGAAUGUCGCUGCUUGAAUUAGACGCAGGGGAAAACAGCGACAGCAGUAUCCCUUCUUCGAUCUUUCCCGGUGCUCUACGGACCGAGUCGCCGUCUUCGGAACGGAGCUUGGACAGGAAGCGUCGAAGCUUAGUGCUCCCGGGGCUGUCUAGCUCUCCCCGUCGGCAACAUUCACCCGCGAGGAUCUCAGGUCCACAUUCACCGCUCCGUAUGCCCAGAGCCCGUCUGUCUAGCGGUGCUGAUAGCCUACCUUCGCCUGUAGUGUCCCCUUCAGCCAAUGCGAAUGAGUUGGCCCAGCUCCAUUACCGCCAUCAUCGUCGUCAGUCGUCGGCCACGUCGUCUGAUGUUGCCAAACCGCCCGUGUCGCCGCACCUGUCCUCGGUCAGCCAGCCUCAGCCACGGCCCGCUCCGCUAUCAAUCAAGGACUUCGAGAUCAUCAAGCCCAUCAGCAAGGGUGCUUUUGGCAGUGUAUACUUGUCGAAAAAGAAGGCAACCGGAGAAUAUUUUGCAAUCAAGGUGUUGAAAAAGGCGGAUAUGGUUGCCAAAAAUCAAGUAACCAAUGUCAAGGCGGAGCGUGCGAUUAUGAUGUGGCAGGGCGAGAGUGAUUUUGUGGCUAAGCUCUACUGGACCUUCUCCAGUAAAGAUUAUCUCUAUCUGGUAAUGGAGUAUCUCAACGGAGGCGACUGUGCUUCGCUUGUUAAAGUGUUGGGCGGGUUGCCUGAGGAUUGGGCGAAAAAAUACAUUGCUGAAGUAGUCCUCGGCGUGGAACAUCUCCACAGCAGGGGCAUUGUGCAUCGUGAUCUCAAGCCUGACAACCUCCUGAUCGAUCAGACAGGUCAUCUCAAGCUGACCGACUUUGGGUUGUCCCGCAUGGGUCUCGUUGGGCGUCAAAAGCGUGUUCUCAAGAGCAUGAACCACGAGCCGGCGCCCGAUCUGCUCAAGCAAGGAUCGCUACCUCGAACAACGUCUAUUGCAUCAUCUCGCUCGGCAUCUUUUGAUUUUCAGGGAGGUGCAUCGCCAUGUUCCACCCCUUUGAUUACGCCUGAGGGUGCGGGUAGUAUGCCUCAGCCGUCCUAUUUCAAUCUCAAUCAGACUGGACCCAGUCGGCAGACUUCACGCCGAGCGUCAGGGUAUCGAAGUGACAGCGGAGCCAGCGAGAGUCUCAAUGCCAUCUUCAAAACACUGUCUCUCAAUGAGGAUGGGGAACAACAGGGCUCGAUGCCUGUCCCUGUCCCCACAGCCAAUCAUAUGCAUGGAGAGGAGAGUCAGAGCGAGGCGGGGGAGUCCCCUCAUUUGUUUCCUCUCCAGCCAACUUUAAGCAACUCCUUCUCGUAUAGCACUCCACCGCAGCAGUCAAUGAUGCCGCCUCUCAUGGCGCUUUACGAUCCGGAAGAUCACAAUCGGCGCUUUGUUGGCACCCCUGAUUACUUGGCUCCGGAGACUAUCAAUGGCGUUGGCCAAGAUGAAAUGAGUGAUUGGUGGUCUCUGGGAUGUAUCAUGUUCGAGUUUCUGUUUGGAUACCCGCCCUUCAAUGCGGAAACUCCUGAUGAGGUCUUCGAUAAUAUCUUGCACCGCAGGAUCAAUUGGCCCGAAGAAGCUGAAGAAUUGGCUUCGCCUGAAGCAAUUGACUUGAUGAACAAGCUGAUGACCAUCAAUCCACGCGAGCGUAUUGGUGCUAAUGUCGAGGAGAAAUACCCCAAUGGUGGGGCCGAGAUUCGUAGUCACAGAUGGUUUUCUGAUAUCAACUGGGAUACCUUGCUAGAGGAUAAAGCGCAGUUCGUGCCCAACAUCGAGAAUCCAGAAGACACCGAGUAUUUUGAUGCUCGCGGUGCUACUCUCCAAGCUUUCACUGAGGAACUUGAAGAUGGAACAUCUCCGCCACAGCCAAUGACCGCCGGACCAUACCCGCAAGAUCGGCCUCAUGAUGCAUUGUUCAAAGUGCGCUCUCAAGUUAACGCAAUGAAACGGCCCCUGAUGCCCCUUCACAUUCCGCCUCAUGUACGCGAAUCUCGAAGCAGGAGGCUGAGCGAACCUGCCCCUGCCGAUGACUUCGGCAAUUUCUCUUUCAAGAAUCUCCCCAUGCUCGAAAAGGCCAACAAGGACGUUAUCCAGAAAUUGCGCCAAGAGGCGAUGCAAGCCCAGCAACGCCAUCCGUCCUCCGCUGGUGUCCAGCCAACCCCAGCUCAGGGACCAGAACCAGCUACACCCGCACCCCCACCCUCCCUCGAAGGAAGUCCCUUGCCAAUAUCUUUGCAGCGGACUUUGUCUCAAAGUAAGGGAAACAACAGACCAGCGUCUCCCUCGGCCUUGAGUCAGGCCAAUUCGUCUCCCAGUCGUCCAUCUCAGCCUUCCUCCCCAUUACUAGUCCAGUUCAGCACAGGGCACAACCACGAGCGCAGAAAAACAUCAGGAUCGUCUUCUUCACAGUCCACCGGCUCGCUAUAUACAGCGACAGCAGAUCCAAAUCGAAUGUCAAGUCUCAAACUUGGAUCAACUGCAUCGUCACCAGUCAAGACUAGUCGGGCUACAGGGAACUCUCCUGACAAGACUCCUUCAGGGCAACGUCACGGAAGUGCCCCGGCUUCGCGAACAAGAUCACAGACUAUUGGCUCCCAAGACGGCGAGCUUUCAUCGUCGUUGGCAAAGGAGACUUAUGUUGGAACCCACCACAAACGCCGAAGUCAAUUGUUCGAUGUAUCUCCUUCCUCAUCAGAUAACGAAGAUCCUCGCACGAAAGCCUUACUCAAGGUCCAACGGCGUCGUCAGAGUUCCAGGCGACUCUCUCAGAUCAACUUCCCCGAGGGCCCCUUCUUCCGGCCCCUAGACGUGCUCAUUUGUGAGGACCAUCCCGUCUCUCGACUAGUCAUGGAACGCCUGUUUGAGAAGCUUCGAUGCCGCACAAUUACGGCUGUCAAUGGUGCAGAGGCUAUGCGUUAUGCUUUGAGUGACAUUCAAUUCGAUAUCAUCAUGACUGAGUUCAAACUACCGCAAGUCAACGGUGCAGAUAUUGCGCGCAUGGUACGCGAGACGCGCAGUGCAAACCGACACACUCCAAUCAUUGCAGUUACGGGCUACCUGAAGGACCUGCCGGAAACACACCACUUUGACUCCCUCAUUCAAAAGCCCCCUACCACGACAAAACUGACCGAGGCAUUGUGUAAGUUCUGCCAGUGGAAGCCACCUCCCAAAGAUUAUAAUCCCCUUUCAAUGCCUGCACCCGCUAUGCUCCGCCAGCCUGCCAAUCAGGUUGAGCAUAGCCCGAGCUCGACGACAUCUUCUGGUUUCGUACAUGUUCCCUCCAGCUCAUAUAGAGGGUCAAGUCGCGAGGACUCUGUCGGUAGUAGUUAUUUCGGUGACAUGGAGUCUGUCAAGACUGAUGAUGUUCCUGUGAUUGUGAGCCGAAACCACGACGAGUGGACACCGAGCAAGGGAGGGCUUGGCAUAACCGAGGAGUCGAACAAAACCAGAGGAGCCACAGAUGCUGGCUAUAGGAGUGGCCCUGAGGCAGUGCCUUUUCCUAGCCUUCUUCACUCGGAGUCGGCGCCAGCGACCAUUCCCUCCACAGGAGCAACUAUGACUCCUCGCAAACAGCGAUCUAGCGAGGCCAUUCGUGCUAAGAGAGAGUCGCUGGAGAGAAAGCGGUAUGAGUGCGGCGAGUCAGGGGAUGAUGAAGAUGAGGAGCUUGGUAAUACUCCGUCGCGAACCUGCAGUCCCCGCAACAGGACCCAUCGACCCGGUUCUAAGUUGGGCAUCGAGAUGAUGAGAACGAACAGCCGGGGAAGUGUCGUUAGCGGCAGCGAGGAGUUGCUCAAGAAGGAAAGAGAGUCUCUGGAAAGACGCAGGAGCGGCGGUUCUUCUGGAAUGAGUGACAACGAAGAGCACAUUGGCUAUCAUUCAACUGCUCUUGAGAGGAUGUAUGAGGGACUUCAUGUUCCAGAGGAGGCUAUCAUUAGUACUGUCGAAGAAGAGGACGAACCGGACGAAGAAGCAUAUAGCCCCAAACACUCUCCGACUCGAGAGCUAGGGUUCAGGAUGGACCCGCCGGCCAUUUUCUUGGACGAGUCGUCUCCUCCUGACACCAGGUCUGCGCGUGGGAUUUUCCACGAGGCCGGCGCCGAGCCCGUCAAGAAAGGGCAUAUCACACCUCCGAUUGUCUUUCCGAAGAAUAAACUUGACCUUGUUCCUGCAGAAGACGAUUUUGACACACCCCGGUCUAAAAUAAGCGAAAGCUAUGCAAGUGCAGACUUGUCCCCCGAUGUCGAUAUCGAUCAGACCCUAGAUGCCGAAGCAACACCUCGACCUCUGCAUACUCCUCUGCCCAGCUACUACUCGGAGAACACUCCUGGUCAAUCUGAGCGCUAG